AUGGGACCGAAAUCGAUUCUUCCGACAAAUAAAAGAUCAUCGGAUCAACAAGAAGAGUAUGAUCCAGAAACUAUCACCACACAAGAAAGAUGCACGGAUGAUCCAGUAUGGUUAAAAUGUAAAAGUAAGAUGAUCAAAGGAGCCGGAAUGGCACAAAACACACUAGGCAGGGUGACGGGGUUAGAUGAUUGGGAGCAUCGGGGCCAAGCGUGGGAAGAAUGGGGUGACCACACAUUACAACUUGCUGAGCGUUUAACAGACCAAGGUGCACCUAGUCGUCUUCAUGGUGAAUAUAAUCGAUGGAUGGGGUAUUUAGAGAAGAUGAUUGGACAUGUGGCUGGUGAUGAGGAAAUGCAAUACCAUGCUAAUACAAGAACUGAACAAGCAACUCAAGAAAUCAAUCAAUCUAGACGAAUAUAA